UUUCAUAACCUCUGAGCAUGUGGGAGAUGGAAAUAAAAUAAAAAUUUACACGUGUGUCUAGUGUCGGUAUUGAAAGCGGUCGGUGAUGAAUUUAUGUUUUAAUUUGUAUUUGUAAUUUAACUUUUAUAAUUAUUUAAUUAAUUAAAAUAAAAUGCCGCCUACGGCUAAGAAAACGGUCAAGAGGAAAGUGAAGCCGGAAGUUAUUUCGGAGGAUAGAAAUGUGCGGAGUGAAGAAGAGUCUGAAGAGGAUUCAGGAACUGAAGACUUGCUGGCUGCUGAAUUUAAUGAUACUGUAGAUAGUUCUGAUGAAGAAGUUGAUGAAAGUGAACCUGGUGAUUCUGAUGGUGAAGUAGAUCAAGUUGUUUUUGAAUCUGAUGAUAGUGAUGAGCUUGAAUUUGAAAGCGAUGAUGAUGAUGAUGAUGAUGAAGAAGAAGAAGAAGAUGAUGAUGGAGAUGAUGAGGAAGAAGAGGAGGAUGAUGAUGAUGAUGAUGAUGACGAUGGAGAGAAUGAGAGCGAGGAAGAGAAAGAUGUAAAAACUAAAAAUAUUUCUAGUAAAAGUAGCAAAGAAAAAACUAAACCUGAUAAAAUUAUUGCGGUAAAGGAACAAAUAAAUAAAAAGAAAUUAAAUGGAGCAAAAAUUGAAAGUAAGCAACAAAAAUCUGUAGAAAAUAAGAAAGACGAAAAUAUUGAUGACAAAACACCUGGACAACAAGUAGAUGAGUAUGAAUAUGACAGUUCUGAUGAGGAAGACAUUAGAAACACGGUAGGAAACAUACCAAUGAAGUGGUACGAUGAGCACGAGCAUAUUGGUUACGAUACGGAAGGAAGAAAGUUGAUAAAACCCCAGAAAGGUGAUCAGCUGGACAAUUUCUUGAAGAGAAUGGAAGAUCCAGAUUUCUGGAGGAGCGUCAAAGAUCCACAGACUGGUCAGGACGUUGUUCUGAGCGACCAAGAUAUCGAGCUGAUCACCAGGAUACAGAAACAAAAAAUACCUGAUGCCAAGUUCGAUGAGUACGCGCCCUGGGUCGAGUGGUUCACGUCCCAGGUAGAAAAGAUGCCGCUGAGAAACUUCCCAGAGCACAAACGAUCAUUUUUGCCUUCGAAGCCUGAGGCCAGGAAGGUUUCCAAGAUAGUCCACGCGCUGAAGAUGGGCUGGAUGAAGUCCACAGCUGAGCUGGAGAAGGAACGCGAGGAAAAGAACAAAAUGCCACAAUUUUACUUGCUAUGGGAAGCUGACGAUCAGCCUGAAGACAUGCGGAGGAUCCAUAAGCACAUUCCAGCUCCAAAGAGACACUUACCAGGUCACGCUGAGAGCUACAACCCGCCUCCCGAGUAUCUCUUUGACAAGAAAGAGCUCAAAGAAUGGAACAAGUUCAAGGACACACCUUGGAAGAGGAAGCUGCACUUCAAACCCCAGAAAUACAAGUCGCUGAGAGAAGUUCCAGCUUACCCUGACUACAUAAAAGAAAGAUUCCAACGUUGUCUGGAUCUUUACAUGUGUCCAAGAGGCUACAAGAUGAAGCUGAACAUCGACCCAGAGCAACUGGUCCCACAACUACCAAGCCCGCAAGAUCUCCAGCCGUUCCCCACCACGCUCUCGAUGAUCUUCAAAGGACAUACAGACAUGGUGCGGUCGAUGACAACACAGAACAGAGGCCAGUACAUCGCUUCCGGUGGCGAUGACAUGACCCUGAAGAUCUGGGAAGUCGCCACUGGCCGUUGUAUCAAAACUAUACCCUGCGGCGGAGUUGUCCGCAGCGUCGCUUGGUGUCCCAACGAUGCGAUAUCUCUCAUCGCCGUCGCCGCGGACAAAAAGGUCUUGCUGAUAAACCCCGGGGUCGGCGACCACCUGGUCACCAGCAAAACAGACAAACUCAUGGAGAUCAUUCCCCAGAGCGACGUUAUUGUCAGCGAGAGAGUCCAGCAUGCCCUUCAAUGGGAACAAGCUAGUGGUGAUAACUGGACCAACGGAAUCAGGGUUGUUUUGAACCACUUCCAGACAGUAAAACAGAUUGUUUGGCACGCCAAGGGCGAUUACUUUGCCACAGUGAUGCCUGAGGGUCAGAACAGAUCAGUGCUGAUCCACCAGUUGUCCAAGAGGCGGUCCCAGGUGCCUUUCAACAGAUCUAAAGGUCUCAUUCAGUGUGUUCUGUUUCACCCCAUCAGACCUUUCCUGUUUGUUGCUACGCAAAGGAACAUCAGGAUUUACGACCUGGUCAAGCAGGAAAUAUUUAAAAAAUUAUUUUCAAACUCACAAUGGAUCUCCAGCAUGUCGAUACAUCCAGGUGGUGACAACAUCCUCGUGGGGACUUACGACCGUAAAAUACUUUGGUUCGACUUGGACUUCAGCACGAAACCCUACCAGACUUUGCGGCUGCACGGAACUGGAGUCCGCAGCGUGGCCUUCCACAAACGCUACCCGCUGUUCGCGUCUGGAUCUGACGAUUGCAAGCUCGUUGUGUGCCACGGGAUGGUUUACAACGACCUUCUGCAGAAUCCGCUGAUAGUCCCGCUUAAAAAUCUAGUUAACCAUGAAAAGUUCAAUGACUUCGGGAUCCUCGACGUCAUGUUCCACCCGAUUCAGCCCUGGGUCUUCUCUGCCGGGGCCGACAGUACAAUAAGAAUGUACUCAUAAAUAUUUUUUUGUUAUUACUAUUAUUAUUUUUUACUUAUGACUGAUAAAAUCAUUGCACAUAUAAUUGAAAUAAAUAGUUUUCGUAAUAAACAUAAAAA